AGCUAAAGGAGCUAAGGGAGCUAAAGGAGUUAAAGGAGCUGAGGGAGCUAAAGGAGCUAAAGGAGCUAAAGGAGCUAAGGGAGCUAAAGGAGCUAAGGGAGCUAAAGGAGCUAAGGGAGCUAAGGGAGUUGAAGGAGCUAAGGGAAUAAAAGGAGUAAAAGCUCACAUAUAAUAUAGAAAAAGGUAAACUGGGAUAAAAUAAAAUUUUCGUGGACCUAUGGAAAAAAGCAACAAAUUCAAUUGUAAACGUUUGGAUGCAGUGCAUCAUUUAUUUCUCUGCAAAAUAGAAUUAAAAUAAUCUGAAAAGAUAGGUUUAUUAGCGACAUACGGGAUUUUUUCUGAAUGUCCCGAAACUGUGGAACCAGAACCGUAUUUGUGCAAAAUUUAAAGAAAGAGAAAAAAUACUCCCGCU